AUGGCUCAACGGCUGACAGAGGAACAGCUCGCAGAGUUCAAAGAGGCCUUCUCGCUCUUCGACAAAGAUGGCGAUGGAGCCAUCACCACUACAGAGCUGGGAACGGUCAUGCGGUCGCUGGGCCACAACCCCUCGGAGGCCGAGCUGCAGACCAUGAUCAACGAGGUGGAUGCCAAGGGCAGCGGCACCGUUGACUUCCUCGAGUUCCUCUCCCUGAUGGCCAAGCGGACCAAGGAGAACGACAGCAAGGUGGAGAUGUGGGAGGCCUUCCGCGUCUUCGACAAGGACGGCGACGGCUACAUCAGCGCGGUGGAGCUGCGGCACAUCAUGACCAACCUCGGCAAGAACCUGACGGAUGAAGAGGUGGACGAGAUGAUCAGGGAGGCCGACGUGGACUUAGACGGGGAAGUGAACUACGAGGACUUUGUGCGGGUGAUGGAGAAGUGA